GCCAAGUCUGACAAGCCUCUCCCAAAAGUGUCGAUUGACAUUGCUAUGGGUUGCUCACAUUCGACGCCAAGCCACCAAAUGCGUAGAGUUAACGAACUCGAAUUCUUCAUCGAGCUGUCCAUUGCCAAGCGUCCAGGAGGAGCAGACGUAGGCCCCAUUUGUGCUACACCACGAAAGAGCGACUGGAUAAGUGGUGGAACGACUCCUAGCGAGUCGGAGGUCGACAUGGAGCCAGCCCCAAAAGCCGCAACAAAUACGAAGAAGCUGCCAAUUGGCGUCAUUAAUUUUUACGUUGUCAAGGUCAUCGCCGACAUGGACGGUGUCAUGUUCUACCACUUCUGCGGCACAAGCGCAAAGGACCCGACAAACGAGGUUCGUAUCGCCAAGCGCUAUUCGGACUUUAAGACUCUGAAUGCGGAAAUCUCGGAGCUGAUGGCGAGCGAGAGAAAUGUGCCGGCAGCGCAGCAGUAUUUGCUCGAGGAUCAACCAGAACUACCGGAGAUGCCCAAGGCGAACGCGUGGACAUACUUGCGUGGACACUUCAAUGAAACGGUGCUGGGGGAGCGCGAAGAGCAGUUUACCAGGAUCCUGAACGCCAUCUCAAGGCACCCUGUGGCCUACAAAAGCCAGCAUUUUACGGAAUUCUUGCUGGAAUAG